AUGCAGGUUCUCUUACCGACAAUUUGUGCCCUUUUUAUGGUUGGUUAUUGUUGCUCGGCUACACCAAGCGAGGGAGAGGUUAAAGAUGCUCUGUUCAAAGCCAGAAGGAUCAACAGGAUAAAAGAUGGUCUAGAUCUACUAGAAAGAGAACUUGAUACAAGAACUACAAUAAAGUGCCCUUUGUGUCUGGCUCAUGGUAAACGUUUGCAUAGUAACGCCAAGAUGGACCGCAGAGUAAAUGAUGCUCUACUAGCAACCAGAUUUCUCAUGCAAGACGGAAAAUACAGUUUAAGCGAAGUAAGUGAGGUACACGAGAUCUUCACCCGUGAAAAUGGAGAAACCUGUAUCAUCAACGCUCCAACUGAUUGUAAUUUCACCAGUAUAUAUAGAAGAGCUGAUGGCUCUUGUAAUAACAUGAAUCAUACCGAGUGGGGAAUGGCCGGGAGAGCGCAUGCGCGGAUAGUGGGGAACGAUUAUGAUGACAGUGUUGGAACACCUAGAACGUUAGGUUUGCGCGGUGAAUCACUCCCGAAUGCAAGAACUGUGAGUAACGUAAUACACAGGACGGAUGGAGGUAUAGAAUUAAGUGAAAAGCUGAAGCUUUUUGCAAUGGGAUACGGACAAUUUCUUGAUCAUGAUUUCACGCUUACCCCGGAACAGGACGCUGUCGGGGAUUGCUGUGACGAGGUAUCUCAAGCAGACACAGAUAAUUGCUUCAGUAUUAUCAUUCCGGAGGAUGACCAAUACCAGCCACUGUUCACAGCAGGGUACUGUAUGGAAGUGAAACGAUCUUCUCCAGUCCUUUGUGCAGACUUACGACAACAGCAAAACAGCAUUACGUCAUAUAUAGAUGGAUCUAAUGUGUAUGGCUCUUUACUUUUUCUAGAAUCUGGCUACCGGAUGGCGACAACUCCACGAGGUAAUGGAGCCCGGAUUCUUAACGGUGAAGAUGAUAACUGCACGUUAAUCCAAACGACGCCGGGCCCCAGACAGUUUUGCUCUGCAGGAGGGGAUGCAAGGAUUAAUGUAGUGCCUUCGUUGACAGCUAUGCACUACCUGUUUGUUCUGGAGCACAACAGGAUUGCAAAUGCGAUCAAAGACUAUGCAUAUGAUCCAGUCAUGGACGCUACAAUAAUCAAUGCAUUCGCAACAGCAGCUUAUAGAUUCGGGCACACAUGGGUGUCUCAGGGUAUGGUUUUGUUUGACAAGCAGUUUAAUGUGUGGCAAAAUGAAACUCAUCCAAUUCAUACAACAUUUCAUAAUCCAGAGCUGACUUAUAAACCGAAGUCGUUUGAGAGGCUGGCUUAUUGGCUUUCAGGAGGCAAAUCGCCAGAAACAGACGAAUUCUUAGUUGAUGGUGUUCGUAAUAAUCUGUUUCUCAAUGCCAGUCAAGGUCUAGCAUUUGACCUUGCAGCCCUAAACAUUCAAAGAGGUCGCGAUCAUGGUCUAGGUUCAUACAACGACUAUAGGGUGUGGUGUAACUUGACGCAGGUCAGAAGAAAUUGGACUGCUGCAACUCCACUUCCUGACCACGACACUAAUAUGACAGAAAAGUUAGAGGCAGCCGGAUACAAAUCUCCAAGAGAUAUCGACCUGUUUACUGGUGGAAUUACGGAAAACUCUGUCAGUGAAGGCAGUCUAGGUCCUACAUUCGAAUGUAUAUUGUGAGAGCAGUUCCGCAGGCUAAAGUUUGGAGAUAGAUAUUGGUACCAGAAUGCAGACGCUGGGUUUAGCCAAGCCAAGAUAGAUGAGAUCGAGAAAUACACUUUUUCGAAACUGCUUUGCAACAACUACAAGUACACAAGUGUGCAAUAUCCAAGCGCAUUUCUACUGCAAGAUGCGAUGACAAAUUGCGGUGAUAUUGUUGACCUAGAUUUUGCAGUGUUUAACCCGAACCCAGCAUCUACUACCCCAGCUACAAGACAACUAAAGAAAGUGCUUACCCUAGAUGAACGGCUGGAGCAUCUCAUUGAAGAAUUAGAAGGCAAACAGAACAGUAAUAAAUAAAUAAUCAUCCGAGAUUUUUAUACAGAUACACAUGGACAUAUCAUAACUAUAAUGGUCUGUUUCUCUGUUUUCAAGCUUAACUUGAUAAGGAAAUUUUAAACUGAAUUUGACUUCUACUAAACAAUGUUUAAGACUUUUAAUUCACUUUUUCGGUAUGUUAUUGAGAUAUGACCAUGGAUUUAUUUUAUUUCAAACAGUGAUUUUUACAGUCACGGAAAUGAAAAUGAAGGCGAAUGAACAUGAAUUUCAAACGAUUGAAAACGUUUUUUCAAAAUAUGCACCAGUGAUAUAUAAUGAACUUAAUCCUGACCUGUCAUUUACGAGUGAAAGAUAUUUCAAGCUUACAAGAAAAAAAAUCGUCUUUUUAUUCCAUGAUUUUUAUACUAUUGUUUCAAAAUAUAUUAUGUAUGUUUUACAUUAUCCGCGCAACGGCUCGUGCACUAGGCAACGUCACACGUAAAAUAAUGACGUCAAAAUAUUAAUAUUGGUAAAAAAAAAUAAUAAUUUUUCAAAAAUUUUAGUUGUUUUAGGCCGAAAUACGGCGAAAUACUUUUAUUUAUGUUUUUGUAAGAAUUUAUAUAAUAUCCAGUAUAUUUCACUGAUGAAUAUUUUGAAUCCUAUAGAUUGGUCUACAGUUUACUUUUAUCAAUGUUUUUUUUUUAAUUUACUUCAUGCGGUGUUAUCUAAAUCACGAUGCCUUAAACCACAAUAGUGAAAAUUGAAAUUACGAUGUUUAGAACUCGAAACUACGACUUUGAAACUUUGCACACUUAUUUUUUAUUUUUUUAGUGACUAUGUAGACCAAAAACCAUAACUCUAACCAGCAUUUUAUCAGAAUAUGGCCUUUUUUGUAUUUAGAAAUUCUGAACUAUUACUCUUUUUUUACAUGCUGACCAAACCUUGCAGACGAGCGAUGGCACCCGUAGGCGGUGCUCUUGUUAAUAGCUCUUUGCAUGAUUUUUUUAACCUUUAGGACAUGCCAAAUGUAUAGCACGUUAUAAUUGUAAAAUAUCUUUUUGGACACCAUGUGUAUAUAUGAUUAUGCACAUACUUUUCUGAAUAAGUGCACAAAUGUAAUCAAGAUUUUUACUACUCAAGAAAACAAAUUGACACAUAUGAUAAAUGGCAGGAAAAUAAGUAAAAUCAUGCCAUACUGGUUAAGUGCAUUCUGACAGCAUUAUUGUUUUGUGACUAAGCGAAUACGUUGUGCGGAUAUUAAGACACAAUCGAUGGCCUUGCUGAUCUGCUGGAUGUAUGGGAUGCGCAUGCGGUGUAUGAGAAAAGAUGGGCAAUGUUGGUACAUUGUAUCGGUAUGAAAAUGCAUCAAGAUAAUAAAAUGAGAACAAUUGUUGAUAUAGUUUCAUUUAUACGAUUUAUUAUAUUUUUUGGCAAAAGACAUAAUUUUAAAAAACUCUUAAGCUGUACUGCAGUAAAUAUGUUGUUUUUCUGGCGUUUAAGACUUAGAUGCAAAGUUAGUUUUUGUUGUUGUUAUUUUAAAGGAUUUCAAACAAUCAUUGAAACACACUGAAAAAAAUAUGUCAUGUUCCCCUGUGUAGUCUCAUAUUACGUUCAAACCAAGGGCUCUAUCAUUGUGUGAGGCUAUGUAUUAUGGUAGUUUGCACUUGCAUGGAGUUGAUACUCUUCAAAAGUCAAAAACGUUCUAGGAUCAUUAAGUUAGAGCAUUCUUGUUUCUCUUCUAAAGCCCUCCCAACAAAAUUGAACCUUUCCGAAUUUUUUCAUCACACAUAUAAAAGCAAUUAUGUUUUUAAGGUCAGCAAUCCUACCAUACCAGUUUUGUAACUUUCAAGACAUAGGGAUGAUACAGACUAUGUAUGUAAUUCUUCUAGUUGUUUAUGGCUGAAAAGGUGUAAUUUUAAAACAUACAUUAGGCAAAGACUUGACUUUUAUCCUUAAUUGAAUUGAUAUGAAGUUUUUUUUUUUUCGUUUUUUUAAACUAAUUAACUGCCUGCCUACCUACUCAUCCUGUAAUGGUAUUAGUAGUUGGAGGGAAACAGGGGUAUUUAAGGAUGAACUAGAACAUCAAAACUGCUUAUAAAGGGCAAUUGUUUAUGUAUAGUUUAUUUUCUUUCCAAACUUAGAUUAUGUUAUUAUUGACUACUCUAUUUGACCUAAUUAUUGAUAAAGUAAAAGACAUAUUAUUGUAAUUUGUACCUGUGAAUAAGGCUAUUUUUUAAAUGUUCCAUCGGACUUUGACAUAUCGUCAAAUUCAUAUAGGUCAAGCAUUUUUCAUGUAAAACAGCGUGUUCAAAAGUGCUAAAUUAGCUUUAAUGAUAACGCAUUGAAUAUAAUUCACUUUAAACUGGGUUUUAAAUUGACCAAUCAUUUAUACAUUUGUUUUUGUAAGAAUAUUGUUUAUUAAUA